UGCUGCGAACAAGACACAAGCGCGGCCAAUGGUUCCCUCGCUGUCAAAAAGCCUCCGACCAAAGACCGUCACAGCAAAGUGGACGGUCGUGGCCGGAGAAUCAGGAUGCCGAUCAUUUGUGCGGCUCGUGUUUUUCCAGUGACUCGUGAGUUGGGUCACAAAUCCGAUGGUCAGACCAUUGAGUGGCUGUUACAACACCAAGCCGAGCCUGCCAUUAUAGCCGCCACCGGUACCGGGACGGUUCCCGCCAACUUCUCCACCGUGUCGGCUUCCCUCCGUGGUCGGGGCAAUUCAACUUCUCUACCGUCGACGACGACGUCUUUGGACCAUAAGCCUUUACUCGGUCCCACCGGUUUUAUACUCGGGAAACGGUUCAGGUCCGGCUUUACCGAUUCCGGGGCGAUCACGAUGGGACCAGACAUGGGGUCCAUUUUGGGACCUGCGGGGACACACAUGGGUGGGUUCUGGGCUCUUCCAGCAAGGCCCGAGUAUGGUCAAGUAUGGAGCUUCGCUCCCCCACCGGAGAUGGUUGUCCAGACUGCUUCUGCCGCUGCUGCGGACUCUGCUCAGCAACCUACUGCAGCCGCGAUGUUCGUUCAACAACAGCAAGCUAUGGGAGAAUCGUCGGAUGUGGCGGCGAGGGUUGGCAAUUAUCUUCCGGGUCAUCUGAAUUUGUUAGCAUCGUUGUCGGGUACUCCGGGAAGUUCGAGUCAGAGAGGCGAGGAUCCGAAUUGAAUUUGGGUAGACCAAUUACCCUUGUUGUUUGGGUGUGUGUGUGUGUGUGUAUUAGAUUGCACCAAUAUUUGUAUAUGGUUGCAGUUUCUUUGUGUGGAUGUGUAAGUUGAUUUUUUGCCAGAACUUUAGUGCAAGUGAAUUAGGGUUUUGAGGACAAUUUGGGUCUCUUAGUAUUAAGACUUCUACCCCAUGAUUGAUUAGGGUUUAGUAGGGUUUUAAGAAAUAGGGUUUUAAUGAUUUGAGGUUUCUGCUGAGUUUGGGGAUUUCCAGAAUUGUGAUGUUUUUUCCCAUGUUGAAAUAAGGUUUGUAAACUUGAAUUUCAAAUGCUUUUCAAGUUCCUCCA